UCUACUCUGAUAUAAAAUCAACAUCAAAAGUAGUAAUUGGUAGGAACAUUUCUACCCUCAUGAUAGGAACAUGAACAUAUACUAACUUCGAUCUUUUCCAUAUUUAUUAUAAAUCUUUGGGGCACAAUAGUUUGCGGAAAGUUUUCUGUGCCAAUAGGUACAAAUAUGGGUACAAUGUGUAGCAGACCAUGGAUGUAGAUGACCAGAUACACCCACGGACUCAUUCGGUUGGAAAGUUUUUUUUUUCACACCAGCAAUAAAACAAAAUUGAACUCUCACUUGAUUCAUCGAAGUUUAUUCAUACUCCAUGAUUGAAGAAAGGAAUUUGAAGAGUGGCCAGUGGGUCAUGGAUCAGCAUUGUGAUAGCGUCAUCGUGUUCAGAGAACAAUUCCUCACCACCGUCUAGUAUCAACACACAACUGUGAUAACUAUAAAAACAUUACCACAUAAACAAACUGCAUGUAAUCCGUCUAUCACAACAUCAAACAUACCAGAAGGCAAGUUCCACCUGUGGUUAAACCCAAAGCCCAUAAAGGGAACCAGCUUUACAGCGUGAAGGCCAACAGAGCAACACCGUCAGCAUACCCUGUUCGUCCCGUUCAUUCAAGUAUACAGCCAGAGCGGUAGUGCUGGUGGCCAACAUACCACGGCAAUCACUUGACUAUAAACCAGUUAACAAAUCACGUCUAAUCUGUGAAUACGUAUAGUCGUUUGUUAUCAAGAGGGUACUCCGUUGUGUACUGACAAUAGUGUUUUGAAGCACCACUACGAAUCGAGGACUAUUGCAUGUGUUUAGGUCCAACCUUCAUGUAGGGAGUAAAGUUGGGUAAGUGGGGUCCCGUUAAGCACUGACCAGUAGGCCUACACUACUCUACCACGUACCAGCCAACCAACGAUCUUCCAUACUGAGUUCUCCUGGAAAACAAUAGCUCAAAUCACCGACACCACUCACCGAGUCGAGUUUUUCAUCACGUUUAAAGUCAAGCAAACCCAAUGGCUACGACAGUUGACAAGGGUGCCUCAGCAACACCAGAAGUGCCUACCGUGGAAUGCAGCAGUGAGCCAGACAACAGUGGUUCCCCAGUCACCCCAGUUUCUCCCAAGCAAUGUCGGUUUGAGCUUGAGCCUGGAAGCCAAGGUGCUGUUCAUUUCUCACCGCCUGUUUCACCGAAGGAGUGUCGCUUUGAGCUGGAUGACCGACCAAUGAUUACUAUCACUAACUUAUCAGGAGUUACUGUCGCUGGAGAUGGAGAUAAGAAAGAUGAGGAGGAUGAGCGACAUCAAAUCCUACGCUACGUGGAGGAGAACAUCGUGGGUAAAGAUACCUGUUUCCCAGGACCAUUCGGAGAGAAGCAAGUGGUUUACUGUGAUUACACCGCCUCAGGAAGGCCAGUGAAGUUUAUUGAAGAUUACAUCACAAACCACGUUCACCCUUUGUAUGCAAACACCCAUACGACCACUGGGCUUAUGUCACGACAGACAACGCAGUUCCGCAAAGAAGCAAGGGAGCUGAUUAAACGCUGUGUUAAUGCUACCGAUGAUGACGUAGUUAUAUUCACUGGAAGUGGAACAACAGGAGCUAUACAUAAACUCAUUACAGCUCUCGAACUGAAGGGAGAUCGAGCUAAGAAAACGGUUGUUUUUGUUGGUCCGUAUGAGCAUCAUUCUAACAUUUUGCCAUGGAAGGAGAGUGGUGCAAAGGUUAUCCGAAUAAGGGAUGCAGACCGAGGCCAAAUCGAUCUGAAUCUUUUACAACAAAAGUUGAAGCAAUACCGACGUAAGUCCAAGUUUCUGAUUGGCUGUUUUUCAGCUGCGUCUAACGUGACUGGGAUAGUAACUGAUACAGCAGCAGUUUCUGGACUGUUGCAUCAAUAUGGAGCUCUGGCAUUCUGGGAUUAUGCCACUGCAGGACCGUACCUCAAUAUUGACAUGAACCCACCAGUCGAGGAAGAUGGGGAAGGCGGAAUGGAAGCCUUGGAUCUCAGCAAAGACGCCGUAUAUUUGUCUCCACAUAAGUUCGUCGGUGGUGUCGGAACUCCUGGUCUUUUGAUUGCAAAGAAGAAACUUUUCAUGAAUGCAGUGCCUGGUUCAUGUGGCGGCGGAACUGUACUUUUUGUGACUCGUGACACUCACCGGUACGUCUCUAAUAUCGAGGAGCGUGAAGAGGGAGGUACUCCGGCCAUAGUGGAAUCAAUCCGCGCUGGGCUCGUCUUCAAACUUAAAGCGGCCAUCACCCCAGAUCUCAUCGAGGAAAGGGAGCACGACUUGUCAUUGCUCGCCUUUAAGAAAUGGAGACGUAACCCUAACCUCAUCUUUCUGGGUAGCACUCGAGCUGAAAGACUUCCCAUCUUCUCCUUCUUGAUCGUACACACCCCUAGUGGUAAGGUUCUUCAUCAUAACUUCGUAGCUGUGCUUCUUAACGAUCUGUAUGGAAUCCAGGCUAGGGGUGGAUGUGCAUGCGCAGGACCGUAUGCGCAGGAUUUGCUUGGUAUCGACGAGCCAAUGGCAGCGCAGUUCGCUGAUUUUCUGGUUGAUACGACAAGGGAAGAAAAAGGAGCCACUAAAAAUUCGAAGUCAAAGAAAGCUCACAAGUCACUGGAGAUCAUGAAACCUGGAUUCACUCGAUUGAAUCUGCCUUUCUUCUUCUCCGACGAGGUGACUAACUUUGUCUUAGAGGCCAUUGAUGAUGUCGCCACCAACGGCUGGAAAAUGCUACCGCAGUAUAAGUUUGACAUGUUCACCGGAAGUUGGGACUACACGGGUCAACAAACAAGUGACCCGCAAGGCGUUUUAAAUGAAACAGCGCCCGCUGGAGACAGUUUGCUUACCACAGAGUUCGUUAAGGGAAAGUUCAGAGCUCCGCCAAGUCCAUUUGUGUCAAGGAAGACCUAUGUUCAAACAUCGAAAUUACAGGAGACUCUACAGAUCGCUAGCGUGUUUUACAGUGAAGCGGAGGCCAAAUGUAACGAGCUUAAGUCAGCGGCUGAUGAUGACCUAGCUUCAGCUGUUGGUGAUGCCAGCAUGAUUUGGUUCCUCCAACCACAAGAGGCACUUUCUCAUUUACGUGACCCAUCGCUGGACCAGACAGACAGCGGGCCGAGCCGGGGAAAUACUCUCCGUAUCAAGGUGAAGAAUGUGCCGUUCAAACCGCGGCAUUCAACGGCACGAAGACGCUGGUCGUCACGGAAGAAGCCUGUCAAGACCACGGCAAAGGAGACUGGCAAGCAGACUAUGAAAAGUUGUACGAUAUUGUAAAGUCACAUGUCACAUUGUACGGGACAUUAUGUACACUACUUGAAAGUCUCAUUACACAUUGUACGGGAAAGGUGCAAAAAAGGGCAAACAAGGGGGAAACCACUUUGUAACAGCAAUUUCACUCACUGGUUGAACAUAAUUUCAAGGAAUCAUUUUAAAGACACUGGACACUACUGCUAAUUGAAG